ACGGAAGCAGCUAUAAUCAGUGUUGUUGAUUCCGUUUUGUAUCGGUUAGUAUAGCCGGUAGAUUUAAUUUCGUUUCGGUUAAGUUUCACCCAUUUCAGUCAAAUUUUGAUGUACUGAUCGGUAUUUGGACGUAUCAACUAACUGUGUUCACGACCACUUAAAUUUUUUUUUUUUUUUGAGAAAAAAGAUCCCCCUUUUCUAGUGGCCGCCGAACCCCUCUGAUGAAAGUGAUGAAGGUGCCAAACCCCUUUUCGGUAUUUCGACCACCGGUGAUGAAGGUGGAAGCUGUGAUGAUAAUGAGACGCAAGAAGAUUGUCAAGAUCGGAGUCCCCACCGGGGCUUGCGGUUAGAUUUGCUUCCUCUUCUCUGGUUUCUUUUUUUUUUUUUUUUUUGGCUGCUUGGUGGUUAGUGAGGGUGAUGGCGAUGAGAGUGAUGAUCAGCAAGAGGAUGGUGAAGAUCGGAGGUGAAAGAACGGAGGUGAAAGAACGGAGGUGAUGGUGGCGGUCGCGGAUCUGCAGAAGGGAGAAAAAUCGAGAGGCUUGUCUCCUCCUUUUUUCUGUCUUCUAUUUUUUUUUUUUUCUUUUGUUUGCCGCCCCGUUCGUGGUUCUGCCGUCUCCUUCCCCCCUUUAAAAGAGAGGAAACUAGGGUUUUCUUUUUUUUUUUUUUGGUAGAACUACUAGGGUUUUCUAUUAUUGCUAAAUUUGCGUUUUAAUGGGCUGGUUUAUGAAAUUGGGUUGAGACUUGGACUAAAUUGUCGGUGGGCUCAAUAUUGGGGUUUGGGACUUUGAGCUGAAUUUGAGGUUUUAUCUUGGUAGAUUUCAUCCUCAAUUUUUUAAUUUGUUCGAUUGAGUCCUUUUCCUUUUUUUUUUUGUCUUGAACUUCUUUUGCAAAAUUUUUUUAUAGCGAUCAAUUUAAAAUAAAAAGUUUUGGUGUCUUAUACUAUCAUUUUAGUAACAAAAUCGAUAAAAAUUAUGGUAUCUGAUUCACAUGUUAUUUCUUUUUUUUUUUUUUUUUUUUGAACGGAUUUUACAAGUGCUGAGUUCGAACCCAGCCCUGGGAGAGGGGGAAUGCAGCAUGGUGGCUAUUGCCACUUGGCCCGAAGUGCUCGGUGCGAUUCACAUGUUAUUUCAGCAAUAUUUCAGUAACAAAACCGAUACUAGGCUAUAACACCAUCAAUCUGACCUAAACUAAAAAUAAAGUACCUCUCAAAACCGCGUGCUUCAGUGGCUUCUCGUUCCCAU